AUGGCAUCGACGGUGUACUAUCGAUUCCAGUCGCAAAAGGAGCCUUCGAGGAUUCUAUUUGAUGGUACUGGUAUAUCAGUGUUUGACUUGAAGAGGGAGAUUCUUCUAAAAAACAAGUUAGACACCACCGCGGACACAUUCGAGCUCCGGUUGACGAACCCAGACAAUGGGGAUGUUUAUGUCAAUGACAGCGAGGUGAUUCCGCGGUCCACCUCGGUCCUUGCUCGAAGAAUACCUGUUAGGGCGAAUGCCAGGGACGCAGCAGUUCGCUAUGUUUCAGGAAGCAUGGUCGUUAACGCUAAAAACGCUGCUAGGCGCGAGGAUUUUAAAGCUGGGUCCACGGCGGCAGCUGGUCCUGCUACGGGCCAAGCAGCCUCUACAGGCAUGAGGAUUGGUGGCACAGCUACAGAAGAAGACAUGAUCAAUGCCAUGUUUCAAGCCCAAGGCGAGCAGUGGCAGAAAACCCAACAAGAAAUGGAGACCAAGGCACCAGUGUACACCCCACGAAAUUUAGCACCUGCAGCUGGUGAAAAAGAGCCUCCGCCCGGAUAUAUUUGCCAUCGAUGUGGACAAAAGGGCCACUACAUCAGCCAUUGUCCUACGCUCAAUGAUCCCACCUGGGAGGCCAAGAGAGUUCGGCGGACCACUGGUAUUCCCAAGAGUAUGCUUCGAACCGUCGAGAAGCCGGCCGACGACGACUCUGGAUCUUACCUUAUGGAUGCAGAUGGACAAUAUGUUGUUGCAGUAGCCGACGAUCGGUCCUGGAAAGACUUCCAAAAACGGCAAUUGCAGCAAACGGCCAAAGCCCGUCGCGAAGUGCCGGAUGAAUUGCAAGACCCAAUCACGCACGAACUUAUAGUUGAUCCAGUCAAAACCCCAUGCUGUGGCAAGACGUAUUCAGAUCAGUCGAUUCAAGACGCCUUGAUCAGCAGCGAAUUUAAAUGCCCCAACUGCGGGCAGGAAGAUGUGUAUAUUGAUCAGCUCUCAGCCGACGAGGAAAUGGCUAAAAAGGUCUAUGAAUUCGACCACCAAGAGGAUGGGGACGGUGAGUUGAAACGAGAGCGGCCGGACGAUGACGGAUCGCAGGAAGACGAGACCGACAGACCUGAUGUCAAACGAGCCAAAAGUGAGAACGAUAUUUCGGAAGGAGCAUAUGAAUCUGAUGACGAAAAAAGCGAUGCAAAUAAAACAGCAAGCGUAGCCGCAGCCGCGCCGGUCGCUCCAGUUGCUGCUGUGCCUGUUUUCCCCUUUAUGUUUCCUCCGUUUUUUAUGCCGCCAAUGAUCCCUUCAGCUCCUGUGGCUGAAAACCGUACAUUGAGGCCGUACAAUAUGACGACAACUGUCGAAGAAUUCGAUUAUUCGGAGAGCAGUGAAAGCGAUGACGACAGACGGUCCAGAAGAGGCCGGCGAUAG